UGUCAGCUGUUAGAGCAAAAGCAGUGUGCCCAAUGACUUACUACUGCACUUCUGUUUCCUUGCAGCUUUCCAAAAAGCCCAAGCAACAAUAAAUGAAGAAAACAUAAGAUUGGCAUGUUGUUAAUAUUGCUGCUUACGUCUUUACUUGGCUCAGUGUUUUUGCUUUGAAGAAAACCUCUCUACGAGACAGUAAAGCGAUGUAAUGUCCAAGUCCAUGUAUGCAAAUAGAGUGAGUUGCAUUCAAUUAGUGUUGAAAUCCAAAACAAUGUAGUAAGUCACAGAAACAUCAUGUGAUGAGUUACAGUAAUCUUAUCUACACCACUAGCCUAAUCACCUGCGCAGACCGCUGCAGCUUCUCCCGCCACCAUGGCGCACAUAGGAAAGCUGUCGUCCAAAAGCUCAGUGCUCUUGCUGUGUGACAUGCAAGAGAAGUUCAGACCAACGAUUUUCCAGUUCUCCAAUAUUGUGAGUAAUGCAGCAAGACUUCUACAGGCUUGUCGGAUUCUGGGUAUUCCCCCAAUCUUGACUGAGCAGUACCCUAAAGGCUUGGGUCCAACCGUGUCUGACUUAGGAGCCGAGGACCUGAAGCCCCACACUAAAACCCGCUUCUCCAUGCUAACAGAGAGCGUGGAGAACGAGCUUAAAAGCCUGGGGAGCCCCAAGCAGGCCAUACUGUGUGGCAUUGAGGCCCAAGCCUGCAUUGCUUGUACAACAUACGAUCUUCUGGAUAGAGGUAUGGAGGUACAUAUCGUUGCAGAUGCCGUCUCAUCUCGGAGUCAGACAGACCGGCUGUUUGCGCUCUCACGUCUAAAGCAGAGUGGAGCUUUUCUCACCACCACAGAGGCAGUAAUGCUGCAACUUGUGCAGGAUGCCAAGCACCCCAACUUUAAGGAGAUCCAGAAGCUUCUAGCUCAUCCUUCUCCAGAUACAGGUCUCAUCAACUUCUUCAGCUCCCUGUAGGAGGAACCACACCAUCAACACCAGUCUCAAAGAAGAAGACAGCAGCAUCACUGGCCAUUGAAUUAUCUUCAUCACUUCAUUAAAAGUGAUUUUGUUCAGAUUAGAAAUACUGAUUGUUUUCUUGUUUUAAUCUUCCUCAUGUGAGUUAAACAAGGUUUUGUGUAUGCAUUGUUAUUAAUCCAUAAAUAAAUGAAAACGGUCUAUACAGA